GGCUCCAGAGGGGAUCCAGCCCCCUCUCCGUCCCCAUCUGGGACUUACAAACCCUGUGAGAGUCUGAACGAGGGGACGCCCCCAACCCUAGUAGAAGGGCAUGGAAUCUGAGGACAGAAUUGAGGCAGAAUCCUUCGGCCGCACGUCUGGAGCCAGAGCGGCCAGCAGAGGGCGCGCGGGAGACAAACGGGCGGAGGACCGCAAGCCGCCGCUCUAGCCUGACCCGGGCCAUAGAGUCGCGCCGCUUCCGGCCCCGCUGCUGGGAAGGAGCCGGAAGUCCGGCGGGUUCCGGGCGUCGCGAUGGAGGAGGGCGAGUACGAGUCGGUGCUCUGUGUCAAGCCGGAGGUCCACGUCUACCGCAUCCCGCCGCGAGCCACCAACCGUGGUUACAGGGCCGCGGAGUGGCAGCUGGACCAGCCAUCAUGGAGUGGCCGGCUGCGGAUCACUGCAAAAGGGCAGGUGGCCUACAUCAAGCUGGAGGACAGGACCUCAGGGGAGCUCUUUGCUCAGGCCCCGGUGGAUCAGUUUCCUGGCACGGCCGUGGAGAGCGUGACGGAUUCCAGCAGGUACUUCGUUAUCCGCAUCGAAGACGGAAACGGGCGCCGGGCGUUUAUUGGAAUUGGCUUCGGGGACCGCGGUGAUGCCUUUGACUUCAAUGUCGCGUUGCAGGACCAUUUCAAGUGGGUGAAACAGCAGUGUGAAUUUGCAAAACAAGCCCAGAACCCCGACCUGGGCCCCAAGUUGGACCUAGGCUUCAAAGAGGGCCAGACCAUCAAGCUCAACAUCGCGACGAGGAAGUUGAGGCUUAGCGAGAUUAAGGAACUUGCCCAGGUCAUAGAGCUGGAAAUAACCGGCACAGCUGGACUCUCAGCGAGGGCUGUGAGGCUCCUGACUUCAGGGCUGUGGUUUUCGCAUUGGAUUAAGCUGCUGCUCCCCUUAGAAGGUGGGCACUGUGUCUUCAUCCCUGUAACUAGCACUGGUUUCUGGCUCACGUUGGGACUCAGGUUUGGGGGAUUUUUUAGGGUCUUACUGAAGUAUGAUAUGCGCACAGAAAAGCACACACGUUAUAAAUGUAGAAGGCGGUGAAUUUUUGAAAACCAAACGUGCCCACCCAAACGAGCCCCAGAUCAAGAAGCAGAGAUUAUCGGCACUCCGGAAGCCCCUCCCCUGCCCCCGUCCACAGGCUAGAGGAACUAGCGUCCUGACGUCGGACGCCCUAGAUUUCGUUUGUGCCUUUUAUGAAUGAAUCCUCUGCCUUGUGCUCUUGUGUGUGUAACCCCUUGGUCCAGUGUAGCAUUUGUGGGAGCCUCCGUUCGGUGCACGUAACUUGUCUGUUGUCACUGUGGUGGCGUAUCUCGUGAUGGGAAUGUGCCCCGGUGUUACCGUUCAACCGGAGUGCCUGCCGGUUUGGAGCUUUCACAAAUGGUGUGGCUGUGAACGUCCGAGUGCACGUGAGAACGCAUUCCUGGGAGGUCUGUCUCCGGGAGGGGAGUUGCUGGGUCAUCCGUUGGCGUGCUCAGCUUUAUAGAUUCUUUGAAGCUGUCUUUGCAAGGAGUUUUCCCAGUUUAUGCUUCCACCAGCAGUGUGGGAAUGUUCCGGUCGUUCCCUAUCCUUGUUGGUACUUGACAGCCUACAUUUUGGCCGUUCUGGUGGGCGUGUGCUGGCACAGCACUAGGUUUGAUUGGUGGUGUUGAUUUGUAUUUCUCUGAUGAUUAAUGAAGCCAGUGCCGAGUCUUAAAAUGAAAUGUAUUUGGGAACAGCUCCAGAAUUGUGCCGCAUGGAGUACUGUUCGUAACAGUGAGAGUGCUGGACAGCUCUUGACCGUCUUGUGGUUAUACGGACAUUUGGGGCUUGGGGGCCGCCGUGGCCCUCCCUGUGGGGUUUUCCAAUGGGAGUGGGACCCCAGCAGAGCUGACUGGCU